CCUCCUCCUCCUCCUCCGAUCCUCAUCUCCAUCCAUGCCGACAUCCGCCCUCUCCCUCCUUCUCCCGGCUAUCUCCCUCGAAUCCCCGCAAGCGGUCUAGCCAAGCCCGAUUCCUUGCACCAGGGAGUGCUACUGCCGCUCGUACCAGAUGCCCUUGCGCUCAUCUGCACCACCCCUCUUCCCAGUCGGGCAUUGGUCCUCGCCUCCAAUGUCUCCACUGGCUAG